AUGCGCGGCUUGUAUUCCAAACUCGGUGCUGGACUUUCCAUUGGACUUCUGAUCUUGGGAUGGUUUGUGUUCGUUGUAUUGACGCCGACAGAAGAGGCAACAACUCACAAGAGAGAAGGCCAGUGUGACCGCUUGAAAGGUCUCAAUCGUUCGCAAGCAUCGUGUCAUCUGUUUGGCGGCUGUCAUGGUUACUGCUCGGACAAUCCAUGCCAGUGCACGUCUCAAUGCAACAACUUCGGUAACUGUUGCGGAGAUUUCGUGGAAUUCUGCAUGAAUGAAUCGCAUGUCGAUUAUGAGUUGGCAAAGCUUGAGGAAAAGCUGCAGGAGAUGGAGCAUGGCAAGGGCAUUGUCGGGCGUGAAUGGAUCUUGAGCUUGGUAAUGUUUUUCUUCGUGUUGACGAUGAUGGCCCUGCUGUAUUUCGCACAUUCGCAGAACAAGCACAUGCAAAAUGCAGUGUACGAGCUGACGUGCACCACCGUUUCCAUUUUCGCUACGAAUACUGUUACGGUGGCUGUGCAUGGUGUGUUAAUUGAGCAGUUGUGGAUGGGAAAGUACCCUGGAUUAAACCAAAAAGCAGGUCCAAUUGUGCAGGCCAAGAUAUAUGGCAUUUUGUCCAUCCUAUGCUUCCUCGGAUCCAACUGGAUUAUUUACAGGUUCAGGGAGAAGGAGCAUGAGUAUACCGCGCUGGGCCAGCUAUCGAGCCAUAUGACUGGCUUCACUCUAAUACAAGCCAUCGGCAGGUUGCAGUGGAGCGUCAGGGAAGAUGGAUGGAAAUGUUGUCUUGUUCUACCAUGGACAGCGAUCCUUUUGAGAGGUAUGCUGUUUGUCGGUGAGCGGUUGCGUGCACAGUGUGUUGGGGACGAGGAAGUGUAUUGGGAGUACCAAGCAGGCGAUGAUGAGUGGCAUAAAUUUCCCGAUGCAACGAGUCGCCAGCUUGAAUCUCGUUUCAUUUCCAUGGACUCUUCGGACUCUGAGUCGGAGGUGGUCUUCCCUGCGGAUCCGCGACAGAAAGUGGAGGUGUCUUUGCCAAAUGCAAAUGCAAUCUGCGAAUCCCCGCAUGGAGAAAUGUUCCCGGAAGGCGACGGCAGUGAUCUCAGCUGCGCGGCCUGGAAAGUACGCAGAGAAUGCCCUUGGCUCGAUUUCGCAAGGGAGAUAUUUAUUGAGGGUGCAGCUCUGGUGAUGGGUUUCUUGGUGAUGCAGACCAUUCUCCUGUUUCACACGGGAUACUUGCAUUCUGUGGAGGGCCUCCUGCAGAAGCCGAAAGAUUGGGACUGGGUGCUCACUGGCAAGGUCCUGGGCUGGAGUCUGGUUUUCGGCUCCUUUGUCCCUGUGGUGGCUGCAAGCUCUGCCUGGAUCCCGGCUCGUUUCCUUCCUGACGCAGAACUUCUCCGGGAGUCAUGUUCUUCUGCACUUGCCUGGUGUCUCGUCCGCGGGGCUGCAUUGUUUGUCAGGCCGCAUUGUUCCAUCAUGGACACAUACAUCGUGGUGGCCUUCCCGCUGACCUGGCUAGCGUUUGUCGUAACAGGCUUUGUCUAUUGUAGCAUCCCUUCAGGGGAUACAAAGUCCACAAUGGUUCCCCACAGCAUUGCCAAUGCUUUCGGGAUUGUCGUCGGCUUGGCCUGGGACAAAGCGUUCGAAUCCCUUGCUGUCCACAUGACCUCGGGCUGGUACGGCCACUACGUGGUCUCAAAAGUCUGUCUGGCGGGAGCUGUCAUUUUGACAAUCCUUCCAGGUUGGUAUUGGCAAUCUCUGCUCGUGACGUGGAGUUCUGGUGAGUGGGUGCAGAUGUGUACGUGGCGGGAUCUAACCGAGGACCAACUCCAGCUUGCGGCGAAGCUCAAAGCCGAAGCCAACUUCAGGCAGCUGCUCAAUGUGCUGGCUGACCAUGUGCUGUUCUUCAGUCGACUUAGGCCUCGCCGAGCUCCAGCCUCGAAGCUGCGCGCGGAGGUCUUUGCCUGGUUCUCGGAGCUCUCGGUCGAGGAGCGGCUCUCCGUGCUUACCUGCCAUGAUGCAGGGUGGGUGCGCACGGUGCUCAAGAUGUGCCGGCUUCGAGGAUGGCAGCCACGGUGGGAGGGGCACUUCAAGGUGGCGCCGAAGCCAGCACCCCCCGCAGGCCGCGUGUCCAAGGCUAGUGCCUCCGGGACCGUACGACGCAACGAGGUGGGUCAGCUUGGGACAGCAUGGUUCUUCACGAAAUCGCAGCACAAGUUCCUCGAGAUCCGAACGUCCAUUACCGACGCCCCCACAGGCUGCCGGAUGGCGUUGGGAUCUCAGCAGCUGAGGGUCUUGGUGCCCACAGUGAUUUUUCUACGUUCGUUGGCCGCCUCAAGGAGUGCCGCCUCUGCGACGCUGCUGGCCGGACUGCGCGUUGCCUUUCAGGGAUGCUGCUGUGCAUCCAUGGCCUUUGACUGGGGCGUCAUCAUGCCCUCACCCGCGACCGUCACAGACUGUGAGGCUUUCUUCUCGUUGCUGGACGAUGUCUCCCUUGGGAGGUUUCUGCGAGAGAAGGAGGAGAACCCCAAAACGGGCGCCACCGGAUGGCCUGAGGCGCCGUGGCUGCGCCAGUGGGCCACCCAUGCGCCGCUCAGCGCUUACCUGGGCUCCCGCCUCGAAGUGCUUCUCCUGCAAGGCUACGCCUCGCGAAUGCAGGCAGAGCCGAGCCUGCCGCUGGCAGAGGUUUGGGCUUCGAUGCCGCCGGCGCACCGCCAGCAGACCAUGACACGGCUGGGUCGCUCGCUCCUGAGGCGUCUCUUCUCAGAGACCCAUCAGGCGAUGACCUCCGGAGGUGAAGAGGACGUGGCACCGCGAAGCCUGGCGACGUUGCUGAGCGACGUGGGCCCCGAGGACCUGAGCGGCCCCUUUCGCGAAGAUCAGGGGCUUACGGCCGCAGCGGCGAGAUCACCAUUAGAGCUGGUGGCUGCGGUUUCGACUUCGUCCCUACGCUUCGCUGCAGAAGCGGCCGAGUUGACGAGCAGUGAGGUGCUGCUUGCUUCGCCCCGCCUUUGGCUGCACCAGCAGUUUGCGGAGGAAUUGGCCAUCGUGUGCUCGGAGUACUCGGCUGCUGCGCUGCUGGUGAACCCUCCGCAGGAGGAGCCAAGGCGCCUUUCCAAGAAGCAGAAGCAGAAGCUGCGCCGGAGGAAGGCUGAAGAAGCCUCGCAGGCAGCGGCCGAGGCAAAGACGGAGGCGCCCAAGACUCCGCCUCGGCCUGCCUCAGAGGACCCUCUGCGGUUUGUUGGUGGUACCUGCCCCGGCAUCAGCGAAGAUGUCGCCAGUAUCAGGUCUGACAGGAGCUGCGGCCCUGCGACGACAAGGUCGGAUUCCGUCAACUCGCUGCGUGACUUUGGCAUGGGGCUUGUCACUACAUCGGUUGCAGUCAUGGCCUGGGCUCCUCUUCUUCGUGCCGCCCCAAGCCUUGGCUCGGCUCAAGCAUGGGCAGCGAAUGCCUUGUGGACGACCUUCCACGUUCCCAGCUCGAAGUGGAUGAGGAUCUCUUACGGCAGAGUCUAUUCUGCAGCCAAAAAGAUCUCCGGUGCUCUUCAAUCGAAGCUUGCACCGGGGUCUUUGGUGGGCAUCUGUGGUGUCAACAGCCUCAACUGGUUCCUGGCUGACCUGGCAGCGGUCUUCGCCGGCGUUGGCUCAGUUCCGCUGAGCGAGGAUUGGGAUUUGGCAAAACUUCGUCCAGUCGUGGAGAGGUGUGAGCUUUCUGCUGUGUUCUGUGACGGAUCGCAGCUUCCGAAGUGUCUGGCGCUGCCCUCACUCAGGUGGAUCAUCGUCCUGGAUGGUCACGAACAUGUAGGCGAGAGCGUGGAGGGCAUGUGCCACAUUGUUUCGAUGGACUCCUUGGCAGUCGCUCAGCCGGAGAUGCCCAUAAAGGUGCGAGGACCUUCAGACGUCCACACCAUCCUCCACACCUCGGGAACCACCGGCCUGCCCAAGGGUGUGGUCUACAGCGAUGACCUCUGGCACAAGAACAUGCUUAUGUAUCCUGGUUUCAAUGUGGGCUACUCGUACAUGCCGCUCGCCUACAUCACCGACCGUCAUACAGUGUACACAGCGCUCUGGAAUGGUGGACGUGUGGGAAUCCGAACACCGGGUUCUACCGAUGAAAUCUUUCGUGACCUCCAAGCUCUGCGCCCAACGGUUCUGAAGGGCGUGCCAGCCUUCUGGGAGAGAGUGCAAAGGGCGGCACGGCUGGUGCAGGAUCGGUCGCUUCGCUUGCUGGGUGGGCGCUGCCGAGUGUUGAUCUGUGGCGCGGGUGCGCUGGAUGCUUGUGUGGCAGACUGGUUUCGCAGCUGUGCGUUGGACACUGGCCCUGUGGAGUUUCUGGAGAUGUACGGAGGCACGGAGUGCGGUAACAUCGCGGUCAAUCGAAGGAUUAACAAGGACAUCGAGUACAAGGUGCUCCCGUACGAGGACAUGGAGCCCGGCAGUGGCGAGUUGGUCGUGAAGACAGGAAGCCACAUGUUCUCAUGCUACUACAAGGACCCGGAUCGAACUGCAGCUGCCUUCACAGAGGAUGGCUUCUACAAGAUCGGGGACCUCGUGCGUGUAGAGGGGGAUCAGAUCGAAGUGAUCGGCCGCGCAAAGAGCUCCAUCAAGCUGGCGACGGGCAAGUGGGUCUUCCCGGAGUCCUUGGAGAUCGUGUACAGGACAGAGCUAGAUGCCGAGAAUGUCCGACACGUCUUCGUUCACGGCGACCUUCACCACGACUCUUUGGUUGCCGUUGUCGAUGCGGAGUCGAAGAACUUGGACCCCCAGCAGCUGCUGCAAAAGCUGCGCAGCCGCAGCCCUGCACCACUGUGCGCAGUGCUUCUCGCCGAAGAGCCGUUCUCGCAAGAAGCCGGAAUGCUGAACGGAACAGGGAAGCUGGACAGAACGCGCCUUCUGUCCAUAUAUGGAGCUGCAAUCGAGGAAGAGCUGCAGAGGAGUGCCGCCACUGCCGCACGAGCCUCACUGGGCGAACUGGAUGCGGCCCAGAGCUUCAAGACGCAGGGCGGAACUUCCCUGCAAGCGGCACGAAUUGCACGCCUCUACCUGGAGUUGGGCGUCCCGAUGAGCCGGGCAGUGCAGCUGCUACUCUCGGACGAGCCGGUUGACCAUGUUCGGUCGCAGCUGGAGGAGGUGGAUGCCAUGGCAGAUUCAAAGCUCGGGCUGCCGAAACCGCAGGUGGGACAGCGGCGUGAAGACACGGAGUGCACCUUGCUCACAGGUGGCACCGGUAUGGUCGGGCGCUACAUCCUGGCAGAGCUCCUGGACAGGAGGAGACCGGUGCUUUGCCUCGUGCGCGCGGCUUCGGAGCACCAAGGGCGGCAGCGACUGGCCCAUGCGCUGACCCAAUGUGGUCGCUACCGGCCUGAAUGGUGGCAGCAGCUCGUGGUGUCGACGGCAUCUCUGGCCAAGCCCUUGGACCUGAACCGGUCGGUCAAAGAUGUCAUCCAUGCAGCUGCGAAGGUAGAUCUGAAGGCACCUUAUGCGGCCCACAGAACUGCAAAUGUGCUUGGUACCUUCAACGUGCUGAGCUAUGCGGCGACGGUUGGCGCGAGAGUCCUCUUCAUUUCCACAACGGAUGUUUACAAGGACAAGGCCCAGGCGGAUGCUUGCGCCGUAGAUCCGGUGGAGGAGGUCCUCAAAGACGCGAGGCAUGGCUAUGCAGCAUCCAAGGCGGUUGGGGAGGCCCUCGUCGCCCAAGCCCUGCGCCAAGGCCACACUGCAUCUGAGAUGUGGGGCUACCCAAGCGGGAAGAGGAAAGCCUCUCUGAGGGUGCAUCUGGACGGCGACUCGGCCAUGCUCGCCGCAGACGGCAAUGCUCGAGAGGUGCUGGUCGCACCGCCCCAGGACACAGGCGACCAGGAGCCCAGCCGUGAUAAGGCGCAGUGCCGGUUCUGCCUGGAGACGGGUGGCGAUGACUUGAUCGCGCCCUGCAUGUGCAAAGGCCACUCCAAAUGGGUACACCGCCGCUGUCUCGACAAGUGGCGGUCCGAAGGCCGCGGCGCCAGAAGCUUCACACACUGCCCUACCUGCCACUUCGCAUAUCUCAUGGAACUGAAGAGAGCGCCUACAGAGACAGAGCAGCACAUCCGCGAGCGGCGUCGUGCCAUCCUGCGAAGAGCGGUCGGCCAGUUCUUCCUCGGGGCAGUUCUGGUGCAGGUUCUGCUUUGCCUGGUCGCGUUUCUGAUCAGGCUUUGCGACCCGAGUUCGGAGCUUGUGCGCCUUAUGCCGUUCUUCACACCGCUGCUCCCGGACGAGGAUGCCCGCAGCUACCUGGACACCUUCCGUUUUCACAAAUCCACCUACUACUUUGCAUCGCUGGUCCUCUCGCUUGCCACAGUCGGUGUGGUGACUGUGCUGCCAUUCCACAUUCGGGGCUUGUGA